UGGGUUCCCAUGCUGCUCUGGCCGUGCUGCCGGGGAGCCCAUCACAUCCUCGGGCACUGCUCACACGAUUUCUGCAGCUCUGGGGGCUCCUCUGGCUGCCCGGCUCGGCUCGGACCUGUUGCAGUCUCCCAACAUAAAACCCCCUUUGUUGGGGCGAGGAUGACUUGACAGAGCCACAUGAUCAGUCAGGUGACAAAAUUGGGCACCAAAGCGGAGGAGAAUGAGCGGCUGGGUGAGGGCUCUGCCUGCUGAUCCUGCCUCUGGACAGGCUGCGUUACUCCUCAGGGAAAAAUGAGCGCCUGGCUCUGUCCUCUGCUGUGGAGCUUCACCGUGGUGUGUUUAACAGGUAUUGCUUCAGGCCAGACAACCAGCACUGAGGUCCCAGUUACAUCAACCCCAGCACCUCCCAGUGCAACCAGCACUGAGGUUCCCAUUGCAUCCACCCCAGCACCUCCCAGUGCAACCAGCACUGAGGUUCCCAUUGCAUCCACCCCAGCACCUCCCAGUGCAACCACUGCUACGGCCUCUUCUCCCCCAACUGCUCCUGCAACACUCUCAGCUGGACUGACACCAACCACUGCAAACCCUGCUGCAUCCACAGUAGCUCCAUCUGCUGAUCCAAGCACAAACACCCCUGCCCAGACUCUGCCCCCCACCAUGGGGACUGUCCCCACCUCUGGCAGCAGUGCCACCUCUCAGGCAUCUUCAGCAGUGACGGCCACAUCCAGCAGUGCCCCAGUGUCCCCUCCAGGAGUGACCACAUCCCCUGGGCUCCCGUCCUCAGCUCCGCUCCCCAGCACCCCCCAGCCCUCCAACUGCAGCAGAGUGAAUGUGACAGCCUGUGCCCCCUGCCCCCCAGGGACUGUCCCCACCCAAGGCACCUUGAGCUGUUCGUGCUGCGCGGGGGGCUCGUGCAUUGGUCCCAGUGCCUGCAGCCCCUGCCCACCUGGCCACUACCAGCCCCAAAGUGGGCAACCAUCCUGCCUGCCCUGCCCACAGGGGUAUUACACCAGCUUCCCAAGGAGCACUGUGUGUCUUCCCUGCCCACCAGGACAUUUUGCUAAUGAGUCUGGGGCUGCAGCCUGCAGAGCCUGUGAGCGAGGCUAUUUUAGCUCCAAGCAAAAUGCAGCUUUUUGUCUGCCUUGCCAGCCAGGAUCAUUUUGCAACACCACCAGCUGCUCGGCCUGUCUGUCCUGCCCCGGCGGGCAGGAGGCUCCUCGGGAGGCGUCGGAGGGGUGCGAGUCCUGCCCGCCAGGUACAUUCAAAGGCCCCAGGGACAACAGAUGCAAGACCUGCAGGACAGGAGAGUACCAGCUACAGAGGGGCAAGGAGAGCUGUGAGCUGUGCCCAGAAAACCACUACUGCCCUAGCCCAGAUGUGAAGCCAGUGAAGUGCCCUCCCGAUGCCUUCUGCCCCAGGGGCAGCGUGGAGCCCUCCUACUGCAUGGAACUCUUCCUGUACAAGGCAGGGGAGUCCUGCCAGCUGACCCCUGCCACCGUCAUUGUCCUGGCCACCUUCUCAGCAGGUGGAAUCUUUGUUGUCUUUCUAAUAAUUCUGAGAAGCCGACAAGAACAUGGCACGAAAUCCUUGAAGUCGCUGUUGCUGCCCCGGGGCUCAGGACACGCCACCUACGGGGGCACGGAGCACACAGAGCCAGUCUAUGCUGGCUGGUAGCACAGGCCAUGGCCAGCAGCCUCCCUUUCCCCUGGGGCAACACAGAUGUAGCUCUGGGCAAGGUGUUUAACCAUGAGCAACUUAUUUCUGUAUAGCUAAACUCAGGUGGGGAAUAAAAUCCAGUCUGUGA